GAGGUACAUAAUUGUCAGUAAAAAUGUUCUUCGUAUGUAACUAUUAGAAAACACAGCUGCAACGGAUGUGCAGGUUAGCUAGCAACAGGAUGUUGCUCCGAGUCCAGUCCGAGGUCACACUCGGGUCUUUCCGUGAGAAGACACGAAGUACAAACUCGUCAAACGACAUACUGUACUGGAGCUCCACCAUUGGCUCCAACCAUCCAUCCGCCGGGGAAAGGGGGCGGGGGCGGGCUGCUGAAUGACGGCUGGAGCUUUGUUGACAGUUAGGAGCCGAGACUGCCCACGGGACUAACUCAGGCCUACCGACAUUACAUCUCCACCGUGUAAAUAUGUCACACAGAGGAGGAGGAGCGCUUCUUCAUCGCUUCUUGUAACACCGGGAGAUGUUCCGCGCCGUGUUCGGGCUGCGUGUCAGAACGACACAGUGUAGAGGCGGAGCGGACGCGUUCACAGGUUGAUGAUCCGCAUUUGGCAGCGAGCAGAGGAGACGGCAGAAGUAGCUGUAUGGGGUUAGUGUCUAUAGGCAGUCCCUCGAAACGCAGCGUCUAUAGGCAGUCCCUUGAAACGCAGCUUCAUGUUGUAAGGAACAGAAGGCGGUGCUUGCUAAUUCCCGAGAACUCCGACCAGAGUCACACAUGCUGCCCAACGUCCGCCUGUCGGGCUGAAGUUGAGGCUCACACUUCGGCUACGAGCAGGAGGCUUGUCUGCCCCUAAAGGACCGUCUUGCACGUUUGACAGAUAGCCAAUCAAAUCUGGUAUUCAAAUCGGUGCUCUUAUGUCAGUGACCUAUAUCCCAUGCAUGCACGCCGAGAGCCCACAGUAACCUCUCCUCCAGACCAGACAGCAUGGGGAUCAACGGGCUAGACAAUCCAACACAGCCGUCCAGCGGAGUUUCCCGGACUGAGCAACCGGCUGCAGAUCCUCAGAUGGAGCACACAAACGCUCCCCCAGAGCCAGACGCCAGCAGAGAGGAGCAGGCGGCGGGCGGCGAGGUUAAGAUCGCGAAGGAGGACAGCGACGUGCAGCUGAUCGAGGCCGGGUGCAAGCCGUCCCCCUCGCCGGCUUGUGAACCCGAGCCGGGGGUCCAGGUGGAGAGGCACGGCCACGAAGGCGGAUUCGUCCCGCCCGAAGGAGGCUUCGGCUGGCUUGUUGUGUUCGCUGCUACCUGGUGCAAUGGCUCGAUCUUCGGUAUCCAAAACUCUUUCGGCAUCCUGCAUUUGAUGCUGGUGAAGGAGCACACAGACCCGGAGGACCAGACGUCUCAGUUCAAAGUGGCCUGGGUCGGGGCCUUGGCUAUGGGCAUGAUCUUCUUCUGCUCACCUAUCGUCAGCAUGUUCACAGACCACUUUGGCUGUAGGAAGACAGCUGUCAGCGGCGCAACACUGGCUUUUAUAGGGCUGCUCAGUACAUCAUUUGCAAACUCCUUGAUCCUUCGCUACUUCACGUAUGGCAUAUUGUUCGGCUGUGGCUGCUCCUUUGCCUUCCAGCCCUCGUUGGUCAUCCUCGGACACUACUUCCGCCAGCGCCUGGGUCUGGCCAACGGUGUGGUGACGGCCGGUGCCAGCCUCUUCUCCAUGGGCCUGCCAGUUUUACUUAAGAAGGUGGCAGAACCUCUGGGCCUCAGCAGAACCUUCCAGAUCCUCAGCCUCUUCAUGCUGGUCCAGGCCCUGCUGGCAUUAACGUUCAAACCUCUGCUCCCUGCUGGGGGAGGCAUGGGCCCACCAGGAAUGAGCCCCGGCCCUGCUGAAUCCCAAACCCAGGCCACCGCUCAGGGUGGGAGCAAGUGGAGCAAGGCGAUGGCCCGGGUCAGGAAAUACUUCAACCUGCGUGUGUUUCACAUCGUUACAUACCGGGUGUGGGCGUUUGGAGUGGCCACUGCUGUAUUAGGAUACUUUGUGCCAUAUGUCCAUCUGAUGAACUUUGUGGAGGAACAGUUCAAAGAGACUGAAAAGGAAUGGGUGCUACUGGUUUGCAUAGGAGCUUCAUCAGGGGUGGGACGCCUCACGUUUGGCAAGAUCGGGGACCUCAUUCCUGGUCUAAAGAAGAUCUACAUGCAGGUGGCGUCCUUCAUGGCGCUGGGCCUGAUGUCCAUAAUGAUUCCUCAGUGUUCGGUGUUCGAGGGGCUGGUGGUAGUGUGUGUGUUCCUGGGGCUGUGUGACGGGUGCUUCCUCACCAUGAUGGCUCCUAUAGCUUUUGAGCUGGUCGGGCCCAUGCAGGCUUCGCAGGCUAUAGGGUACCUUCUUGGCCUCAUGUCUCUCCCUAUGACAGCAGGUCCACCUAUCGCUGGUCUCCUACAUGGUUACUUUGGGAACUACACGGUGGCUUUCUCCCUGGCUGGGGUGCCUCCGAUGGUGGGGGGUGUGGUGCUGUUCUUUGUGCCCCUGAUCCACCGCAAGCUUCAGCGAGGCCAGGCAUCACCAGAGGAGACGUCCACCACUGCCCACAUGUUGCCCACUGCCCCACCAGCCGACGAGCUCAAGAGCUGCUCCAAUGGAGACAUCCUGCCUGGCUAUACUGACGUAGAGACACACAUCUGAGUCUCAGCUUACAAAGGGAUUCAGCCCACCAGCACCUUUUCUCAUGCUUAGAUUUCCCUCCUCCUAACCGAAAGUCUCAACUCUGGGCUUUCUGUUGGCUAACUUUUAACCUCUUACCUUCCCGGAUCCCUGUUGGCUGUUUGCUUUUUUCAUGUGAAGUCCAAAAGGGCACUCUGGCUACAAGCAACAGAGAGGAGGACAAGAAGGCACAUCAGCACUGAGCGAUGGAGGAGGAUAAGCACAACAUAGUCUCAACUAAAAUGGUUGGGACUCUGUAGUAACACGCACCUCCAAGAGGAAAGAAAUGAAGAUGGUGUCAACUGAAAAAAAUGGUAGUUUCUGAUUUCACAGCUGUCAAAGCUAAUUAGAUUCUAUAUAAACACAUUGUUAAGAUGAAUAAAAAAUAAGAACUAGUGAAGGGAGAAUAUCACAAUUUCUUUUUGUAGUACUUCGCACAUCUAUGGUUUUUAACACAAUGCAUUAUAUUUAGCUUGUGUAGUUGAAACACAGUGUCAUCUUGAUUGAUUUGCAGGUUCGCUGUAUUCACGUCUUUUCUACUGCCUGUGUUUUCUGCUGUGACAGCUACAAGAGAAAUACACGUAUCAGUUGUAAAUGUCACAGGAGGCGACUGACACUUUUUCUGACAGAUGAGCCACCAGACACAAUCACCUCAACUCAACUGCACACAAGUUUUACACCAUGGCUGCUCUCUGUACUCACAACCAGGGUCUAAAACUUGAUCAAAAGGACUUUUCUCUGCCAGCCUGCCUGCAUAAAAGACAGAUGUGUGAUUCUGGCAGCUGUUGAUUCCACUAAUUCAUAUGCAACAAACUCUAGCGUGUUAGAUCUUACAACAAUUUUCAAUUUAGGUCAAUGACUUGAAAGCAUGUGGCAGGUUUAUUUAUGCAGUCAAAAUUCAGAAGAAAGGUGAGCUUCUGCUGCCUGAAUUAAUGAAACUAAACACUACAGCUGAUACAAGGUCUUCUCAUGACUCUGUAGAGCCUUAAUGUUUUAUUUUUUCAAUCACAGAUCUCUACAGAUUGUGUUGGCCUUUAAAUGUUUGAGCAGGGUGCUAGACAAAUCCGCAUAAACUGUGUUUGUUACAGCUUUGACAAUAGUUUUGUAUUGUGUGGACAUUGUGUAGUUGUCUAAGUGGGAAUCAUGCAGUUGUUGCAGGAGCUUGAUGGCUGUUGACAGCGUAGAUUUUGGUCAACUUCACAAAAGGCAUAUUUCUAUUGUUUAAUGUUUCCUCUGUUUGAAUGUGCGUGCAUCUGAGAGUGUGUACGUGUAGCACCUGAGCAUCUGCAUUUUGAUACUAACGUCAGUUAUGUCAUAUGAAACUACUACGUUUGAAUCUGUGGAUGAAAGGGAACUACUGGGAUUAAACCUGCCAAAUUGCCCCAUCCCUCUUCAGACUCAUCACACAGAUAAUCCACUCAAUUUGCUGCUUUAGUUUAGUCUCAUCAUGAGGGCGUCAUUUACUGUUCUGGCAGUAGUGAAAACAUCACAGCCUCGUUGAGAUGUCCCCUCAUGGGGGCAAUUUGCAAUUACUGUUAUGUUUCAUAAACAUUUGGUCCACUUACCUCUGCACUCUUCGAUUACAAGUAAUCCUGAACAAUGAACUUUAAUGAACAUGCGUGAAGUAGCUGCAAUAAUCAACAGUUUGAGAUAUACUAUGUGGUUAUAUGCAUAACUGAAAAAGCAAGGAGGGAAACUGGGAAAAGGAAAUGCUCUGGUAUUCCUGCCUGUCAGUUCCCCUCUUUGCUUUCACUGCUAUUAUUCAGUCUGUGUCUGUGCUACAACACUUCAGAGCCUAAAAGCUACACAAACCUCACAGCUUAGUGUAGCUCUUUGUGGGUAUUGCGAUAGGACGAAUAGUUCUGAAAUGGAAACAUACGUCUAUACCUCAGCAAUCAAACAAUCCUCAGCAGUCCAGUUGAACACGUUGACAUUCUUCAUCACAUUAUAAUUUUUGCUGUUCUGUGUAGUGUCUGUUUUUGUUGCAAUCUCAGAGCCACAAAGCUGCCAAAUGUCAAUCAGCCUUGCUUCCUCCAACCUAGUUAGUGUCUGUUUAGGUACCACAAAACUGUGGAAAUGUCAAACUUCCAUUUACCCAAACAGUCGGUGCACAGUCAGUUUUAUUCUUCCUCCUUGUUUUGCCUUUGUAUCCAUUUGCUCAGUUGUUUUCCAUCCUCAUCAUUCCAGCCCUCUUCUUCCUCCACAGCUACUAAGUGUAAAUUCUAUAGAGUCUCUUUGUAGCAGCCUAUUGUCCCUGUCUGUGUUCGAAGAAAUGCAGUGAUUUAAAUAUCUAAUAUUCUUUACAAAGGUUAGAGGAGACGUAAGACUACAAGCAGUGGAGCGGAUCCAUACAAUGAUAUAUGAAUGUUGGAAAGCAAACACAUAGGUCUCUAGUUUGACGAAGGUAGGGUUACAUUUAAUUAGCAGUGCAAACAGUUGUUGAUGCUAUUUGUAGCUGCUGCUACCAAGAUAUCAAAAGGUAGAGGUAAUUAAAACGUAUGGGCUGCAUGACUAGUCCUGAUACCAGCUAUAUAAGCUAACAAAAGUCCUUUAUUUAAUGCAAUCUGUGUCUUUUUGUCCAACUGUAAAAUUAGUUACAGGUUUUACAAUUUUGCGUUAUGAAAGGUUGCAGGAGACUCUUUCUAAUAAAACAAGUAACUUCAGAACCGCAUGCUAAAUCAGUAACCCAUAGCCUUAAUAAGUAAUUUUUAACUAUGUGAACUGCAUCCUCUUAUGCAUAAAGACAGCAUUUCUACAGAAAUAAAUAGGCAGCAUUUCAUAUGCUCCUGUACAGCGCUAACUUACAUUUCUGCUGCUGCUGCACUGAAAACACAGAUGUUACUGAGUUGCACUAGUUUAUUGCAAUCAAACUAGGGGCCUAUGUUGCUGAAGUCCCCGAUUAAUGAAUGAAUGAGUAAGUGAAAACUAUUCCAGAGGGUGUUUCCUUUGGCAGUCGUGUUGGUGGACCUCAGCCUUUUGGUUCAAAACCAGCUGUGAAAGGCUGCUUGUGUAUGCACAAAAAUGUAUCCGUCUCAACAGAGUUAAUAGGAUUGUUUUGUUUUUUUGUGUCUUAUUGACUGUGAACUUAUAUACUGUGUGUGUGUAUAUAUAUAUAUAUAUAUAUAUAUAUAUAUAUACAGUAUAUAUAUAUGAUUUUUUUUUCAUGUUGACUAAGUUGGCACCUUGUUAAUGCCAUUGCUGUUUUCUUUGAAAGACGAGGACUAAAAGAAAGACAUUUGAAUCACAGCAGUAACCUCAAUUUGAAAACAAAUCUGCCUUACAUUUACUAAUGGCCGGUAGCUUAGCUGUGUACCAGAACGGAAUUUGUUUAUAGAUUUGAGAAUAAAUAAAGCAAAGCUUGUAUAGAAAAUUUUUCAGAUCUCAAUGUACCUUUGUACUCAUUGUUUUUCUUUUUGCUGGUUUCAGUAUAAAUUCUACUUUAACUGCCUCUUUAGCUGAUUCCAUCUGAGUCAACGUCUCAGUUUCUGGUCAGAACCAGCUGAGUGUUGCUUUUUUUUAUUAACCUAAAUGUAGAUUCAAAUAGAGAAAACUGACAUGUAUCGAUCUAAUUUGUAACGGUUUUUAAUUAACCAUAAACUGUUUUUGUUUUUAUUUGUUGGUGUUUUUAGUGAUACUACUGGAAAGAGAACUGCUGAGUUGGUCUUUUUGUUUAGAGUUGAGAUAAUGUAAAAGUGAAGGAGCUGAAUGAAUGAAUGAAGAAUGAUACAGUACAUCUGGAUGGUUGCAUGGUGUCUGCUCUACCAGUGUUUGGCUUGCCAAAGUCUUUUCAUCUAUGCAGCAUCACUACGCUCAUGGUCUCCUUCCUGUGAGCGCUUCACUUUCUGAGGUCUGAACAUGUCAGUCUCUUAAUGACAAAUGUUUACUUGGACACCAAGUUUGCAUUUUCUCUGGUAGCAGUCAAAGCUGUAGCCUUCAGUAGUUCACAAUCAGCUAAGCGUAUAGUAGAGCCCCUUGUAUUUUGCCUAAAGGAUGUAUGUACUACUAACCCUACUACUUGUUCCCCUUGUUUAAAAAGACAUUUUUAUAUUAGAAAGUUUUGGAGCUGUUGUUGGACUUCUAGCUGUUUCCCAAAAAAUGUCGCAUUUCUCCCCCUGCAGUUGCUGUUCUUUAUCUUCUGCUGCUUGCCUGUGGCUGAAAGUUUGCAGGUCAUAGCUUCAAAGAGACGCAUUUGGUGGCAUAUUUUAAACUCUGUGUUACACAAGACGAAGGUAGCGCAAGGCAGUGUUUGUUUUCUUGGUUUUUACAUUCAUGAAAAACGGAUCAGAUCAACUGAACGUGUUACUCUACAUUUAGUGUUCAGUCAGUUUACCAUGUUUUAUUCACCUUUGGUUUCAUUUCAUUCAGCAUUUGCUUGAAUUUACAGUGGAUAUCUCUUUGUUUUUUUCUCUUUUGGCUUUCCUUUGGCUGAUAAAACCACCUGAUUUCAAGUCAAUAGAACCUAUUGCAGCACCAAGACUUGUUCUUCUACUGUGCAAUGUGCCGUUUCUCUGCUCCUCUGACCUCACCACCAGCUCAACUCUGUGACUCGUGUGCUUUUCCUGAAACCAUGCUACCGAUAUGUGAAACAGGAUAGCUGAAGGUCUGUAUGUUACAAAGCUGAGCCACAAAAAGUCAGCACCUCAUAGACUAGCCAUAGAUCAUUUCCAGCAGGAAUACUUUUUCAGUGUUCAUGCCAGCGUAAGUCAUUUCUAAAUUUUAUGGCUUUUGCUCACGCCUGAAUAAUAUUCUGACUUUUCUAUGCUCCGUAUUUUCUACAAACCCUGUCUUCAUGCAUAUUUCUCAUUGUCUUGACUGUACACGUCAAUCUUCUAUUGUUUAUUGUUUUGAUGGUCAUUUAUUCUCAUUCGUGUUUCUGUAUGCGGCAACGCUCGGCGCAGGCCUUCCCCCAGCCUUACAUGUUGAAAUGUUCUGCUAAAUGUUCUCUCUCUAACCUCCAGUAAGGCUGCUGCAGUUAAACCUCUACUGCGUCACUUUACUUCUUAAAGCUGCCAGCUUCUGUCCUUCUGUCCCACACAAGCUCUACCUUUUUAUAUGAAAACCCAUUUCUGUCUUUUUCAGUGAUCUAACAAGGCCAGUUACAUCGCAAAAUCUGAGAUUCAUUCAUGCUGCUAGAAAGAUUAAUGUAAUUUUUGUGUUUUGGUCAUAAUUUUGAAUCUGUAUCAAAAGAGGCACAUGUUUUUUUCUAUUAAACCAACAAUAAAAUGUAAUAUGAGAACUCA